AUGGAGUGGAGUGCGCUUGAGAUUCCGACGACCCUCUCUGCGAAUGAUGCCGAGACUGUUUAUCACGGUUUGAGUUUCUUGAGAAGCACGAGUGUUCCUGUUCCUGAGGGAGCGACUGACUUGCUUGACGCACUCCGGCUCUUAGCACCGACACACUCGGCGGUGGCAGACCCAAUGAUAAAGAUCCUGGCUCCUGUGGUAACGCCACCACGUCGCAAGACGGAUCAGGCCCACGAAAAGUCGAACAAAGCAUCAGCAGAGGCAUUCAAAUACGAUGGAGGCGCGGAUAUUGAUGCAUGGCCCGUGUCCCAAUUUUUCGGGAUGCUGAGCUCAUGUGGAGGUCAGGAUGGCAUUUUGUCCAUUGUCCAAAGUUCUGGAAGUGGCAAGAGCCGAUAUGUGGCGGAUAUUGCGCAGGAAACGCUGGUCUUUUAUGCUUCGUUGGCGAAAUCGGAGUCAGCGUAUCCGCCAAAGACUGUGAUAGGAGAGGCGCUGCUGACAUGCAAAACCUCAACCGAGGUUAUUGGGGUGCUCGCGGUCUGGGUUGCUCGUGCCAGAGACAUGUUGUCGAAGGAGGGUCUUGCCUCCCACAAGCUCAGUGAGUGGAAUACGUGGCAGAGGCAAGCACACGAUUUGACAGAUGUCACGGAGAUCUUGAAUCGGGCACAUGUUUUGAACCCGACUAUAGCCACUUUGGAGGAGGCCCUCGCGAGUUUGCCCGUCAGUCCCAGUGUCAUGAGGUAUUCUCCUCACAUCUUGUUUUGCUUCGACGAGGCAAGGAUUACUUUGGAAACCAGAGUGACCAUCGACGAGCCGGACAUCGCUGGAGAUGCCUCAAAGCCUAAUGAGAAAUUGUCGUUGUUCCGGUGCUUGCGACGGAUUGUUCGUCUCCUGCGGUCCCGCAAAGAACGAGCACGCAUACCGCUGUGUUGGGGAUUGUUCUUAGACACGUUGUCGCGUGUACAGAACUUUUUACCAGCUGCUCAUUUAGAUCCUUCGGAUCGGCCAAGUCUAGAUGACAAGGACUGGUGCAUGCCUGCUUUGCCAUGUGUGGUUCCGCUGUGCGCGCCUACGGUCAAACUCGAGUGCCAUACUUACAGGUCUAUAACUCAAGACGGAUUUAUUGUUAGGUUUGGUCGACCAAUCUGGGCGGCCUACUAUGGCACUGUCAGUGCGGGUCAACUGGAGGCAUUGGCCGAAAAGAAGAUAUUGUACGAUUGUGGGCCUGAGGGCUGGUUUGCAGCGGGCGCCAUGCUGGCAAGCAUUCUUGUUACGCCGACUUUUACAUUUGCUGAAAGGUUGGUUAAUUUUCAUUCGGCGUUUCUCCUCGCGAUGGAUAGCGAUCGGCUUCGACACUGCAUCGACUACAGAUCCGAGCCGUAUGUGAGCAAAGUUUUACUGGCCUCGCAUUUUAACAUUCGGCAUCCGGACAAGGUGGUAAAAGUGCUCGAAGCGGUCGCUGGAACUGUGCAAAUGGGCCUUGUCAACGAGGGUGAGAACGGUGAAGUUGCAGCCAGGCUGAUCCUUCUGUUAUGUGUCGAUGCGACGAAACGAUGGUCUGGCAAGGAUUUGAUCACUAGACUUGUUGGCCGGAAAUUAGCAUCUGAGGCCAACGC